CUCUCUCUAUCUCUCUCUUUCUCGCUCUCUCGCUCGCGUCCGUCCAUAACUGUUCUGUUUCUCGCGAUCGGUCAAGACUCGAAAAGAGAGGAGAAAAAGGUAAUAAUAAGCACGCGCAAUUGAUCAAAUCGGGCUGCUUUUGGCGGCCUGGAUCUCCUAAUCUCCUGAUCGUACGGCGGUGGGCGGGCUUGUCGGCCGCUUCUACGGAACAGCUUGGCCGGUGCUCAUGGAGGCCAAUGGCGUAGGAAAAACAGCAAGAAGGUGCCACAUAUCUCGAGAAGAUAGUGAUGUGAAAUCUGUAGGUGAUUUUGGUGAACUUGAUCCAUGGACAGCUUGGGCAUACAAGCCACGCACAAUAUCUUUACUCCUCAUUGGGACAUGUGUAUUAGUUUGGGCUAGUGGAGCACUUGAUCCUGAAAGCUCAGCAUCAAAUGACAUUGUAACAUCUGUGAAGAGGGGUGUUUGGGCAAUGAUUGCAGUCUUCCUAGCCUAUUUCUUGAUGCAAGCACCUUCAACGGUCCUUAUAAGGCCGCAUCCUGCCAUUUGGCGCUUGGUUCAUGGAAUGACUGUGGUGUACCUUGUUGCCCUCACUUUUUUGCUUUUCCAGAAUCGUGAUGAUGCUCGGCAGUUUAUGAAAUAUCUCCACCCUGAUCUAGGAGUUGAACUACCUGAAAGGUCAUAUGGAGCUGAUUGCCGUAUUUAUGUCCCUGAGAAUCCCAAAAGCAGGUUUAUCAACGUUUAUGAGACAUUAUUUGAUGAGUUUGUACUUGCUCAUAUUUUUGGAUGGUGGGGGAAGGCAAUAAUGAUACGUAACCAACCUCUUUUGUGGGUAUUGUCGAUUGGUUUCGAAUUGAUGGAGCUUACUUUUCGUCAUAUGUUGCCGAAUUUCAACGAGUGUUGGUGGGACAGUAUUAUUUUGGACAUCUUAAUCUGCAAUUGGUUUGGUAUCUGGGCAGGAAUGCAUACUGUUAGGUACUUUGAUGGGAAAACAUACGAAUGGGUUGGCAUAAGCCGCCAGCCAAAUAUCAUUGGUAAGGUCAAAAGAACGUUGAGCCAGUUCACACCCGCACAAUGGGACAAAGACGAAUGGCAUCCUUUGCUUGGACCAUGGAGGUUCAUUCAAGUGCUGUGCCUUUGUGUUGUUUUUAUGACUGUGGAGCUGAACACUUUUUUUCUCAAGUUUUGUCUUUGGAUUCCACCUAGAAACCCCUUGAUUGUUUAUAGGUUGGUUCUGUGGUGGCUAAUUGCUAUACCAACCAUCCGUGAGUACAAUACCUACUUGCAAGACAGAAAGCCUGCGAAGAAGGUUGGUGCAUUUUGUUGGCUUUCACUAGCAAUAUGCAUCGUGGAGCUUUUAAUCUGUGUCAAAUUUGGCCAUGGUCUCUUUCCCAAUCCAAUGCCUCCAUGGUUGAUAACUUUCUGGACGACCGUGGGUACAACCCUCAUGAUUUUUCUACUUGUUUGGUCUUGGCAGAUUCAUCAAUCGGUGACGAAAAAGAUGGUAUGAUCACAUAUUAGAUUCUCUGCUACCGGUUUAUUUUGCAUCUGUACAUAUGCCUCACAAUUGUAAAUGGCGUAAUUGUUGCCUAGUCUGGAAACCAGUCGGGCACGUAGAGGAUGUCUUUUUUCAUUUUCCUUGUUUUUGGUUCCGAUUCCUCCGUUAACGUUAUGUCUGCUUUUCUUGACCAUGACCUUUUAUGUAUCCAAUUGAACUAUGAGAUGAGUUCAUACCCACAGAAUGAAAUGGAGUCAUCAUUUUAUGACAUCUCAACCAUUGAUCAUUUUGUUUAUAA